UCUAAGAGAGACUGAAAGACAAUGAUUUCCAGUGACAUAAUUUGGGGGAUUUUCUUUAUCUUUCAAACUUGUAUUGGUUUCAUGGGGAAUUCUUUGUUAUUUACAUUAUAUAUGUACACAUGUUUAAUUUUUCCUCAUAAGAAGAAGCCUGUAGAUAUGAUUCUUGCCCACUUAACUUUGGCUAAUGCUCUGACGCUCAUAUUCAGAGGGAUUCCAAAUAUAAUUACAUCUUUUGGAAUUAGAGUGGAGAUGGGCGAUACUGGAUGUAAAACAGUGCUCUAUAUUCAGAGAGUUACCCGGAGUAUUUCUCUGUGUACAACCGCCCUCCAGAGUACAUUUCAGGCAGUGACUAUUACUCCAAGUAGUCAUAAAUGGGCCUGGCUCAAAUACAAAAUCCCUGCAUUCAUUCAACCCUCCUUACUUUUCUUCUGGAUGAUCAACACGGCCAUCUAUUCUGUGGUCCUUUUACGAACUGUGGCCAACAGGAAUAUCACCGAUGAUAGACUUGGGUAUCAGAUUGCUUAUUGUAAAAGCAGUGCACACGAUGGCCAGAUAGCAUCAAUAUUUCUAAGUAUGGUAUUCAUUCGAGAUUUGUCCUUUCUCUCUCUGAUGACAUGUAGUAGCAUCUACAUGGUGAAUAUCCUGUACAGACAUCACAAAGCAGCUCAGAAUGUUCGCAGUACCAUCCAGUCUUCACGCUCUCCUGAAAACAAGGCUACUCACGUUAUUCUCAUACUGGUGAGCUGCUUUGUUUUCUUUUACUGGACCAACACCUUUCUUACUGUUUAUUUAGUUUAUACAAGUAAGAAAAAGCAGCAACUGGAGAAAUUUAAUAACUUUUUUUCAUCAUGUUACCCAACUAUCUGUUCUUUCUUUCUAAUUAAAAAUGAAAAUAGAAUUUCCAGAAUAAAUUUCAUGAAACCCCCAAAAGGAUUUUUCUCUUCUUAA